UGUACCUAAUGUCAUUAAUGACAAAGUCAUAGUCAAACUUUAACUAAACUAUUGUAAUUGUACUUUUGGAAAAAAUAUCUAAAUUCUAGUGAAUAAGAAAAAAAUGAGAGAAAUAGUUCAUCUACAAAUUGGAGCAGCGGGAAAUAAUAUUGGAACUAAAUUUUGGGAGGUGGUAUCUGAUGAACAUGGAAUUUGUCCUGAUGGGCAUUGGCACGGAGAAUCUGAUCUACAGCUCCAACGUCUAAAUGUAUAUUACAACAGUGUUCGAGGACAUAGAUUUGUUCCCCGUGCUAUUUUGAUAGACCUAGAACCAGGAACAUUGGAUCAUGUAAGGUCAUCACCUUUCGGUCAACUAUUUUACCCCGACAAUUUUGUGUUUGGAAGGGAAAGUGCUGGAAACAACUGGGCCAAAGGUCAUUAUACAGAAGGCGCCGAAUUAUGUGAUGUUAUAUUGGAUAUCACACGAAAAGAAGCCGAAAGUUGUGACUGCAUGCAGGGCUUUCAGUUGGUUCAUUCGAUCGGUGGAGGAACUGGAUCAGGCUUAGGGUGUUUACUUCUAGAAAAAAUUAAAGAAGAAUAUCCGGACAGAAUUAUAAGUACAUUCACAAUAAUUCCAAGUCCAAAAGUAUCAGACAUGGUGGUUGAACCAUACAAUGCAGUAUUAUCAUUUGAUUAUCUUAUGAACAACACUGACGAAACCUAUAUUAUCGAUAACGAAGCGUUGUUCGAUAUUUGCUAUAGAACCUUGAAGUUGACAGCUCCAAGCUAUGAGGAUAUGAAUCAUCUUAUAUCCGCUGUAAUGUCAGGAGUAACCACCUGUUUUAGGUUUCCUGGACAGCUUAACGCAGACUUGAGAAAAAUAAUGACCAAUAUGGUUCCAUUUCCACGUUUACACUUCUUUAUGCCUGGCUUUGUCCCCCUUACAGCUCGAUCAACAGUCGCAUAUCGAAGUUUAACAGUCCCUGAACUUGUACAUCAAAUGUUCGAUGCUAAAAAUAUGAUGUGCGCAUGUGAUCCGAGGAAAGGAAGGUAUCUUACAGCAGCAUCAAUUUUUAGAGGGAGAAUGUCUACCAGGGAAGUCGACGAACAGAUGUUUAACAUACAAAACAAAAAUAGUUCUUACUUUAUCGAAUGGAUACCUAACAAUAUCAAGUCGGCUAUUUGCGAUAUACCACCUCGUGGUUUAAAAAUGUGUGCUACGUUUAUUGGAAAUACUACUGCAAUACAAGAACUGUUCAAGAGAAUUGGUGAUAGCUUUACAGCUAUGUUUAGACGAAAGGCUUAUUUGCAUUGGUAUACCGGAGAAGGAAUGGAAGAAAUGCAAUUUGCAGAUGCUGAAGUAAAUAUGAGGGACUUAAUUUCGGAGUACCAGCAAUAUGAAAAUGCUGCAGUUGAAGAAGUCGAUCUCGAUAACGAUGAUGACUCACUUUAAGAAUUAACUACUUAUCUAAAAAUAGCAAUACUUCUAUUCAAUAAAUUUUAACUAAAGUUA